CAGUCCCCUCUGGGUUGUAACUGGGAGCUGGAGUGAAGGAAGAGGAGUCUGACUGCAGUGAGGAUGAAUCUGAUUCCAGCUUCAUGUGAGAACAAAGCAGUGACGACAUCUCUGCUGUGCGUUUAAAGUAGAUUUACCUUCAAUCACCAUUUAUUAAAUCUCCGUCCAUUAAAGAGGACAGUUGUCCGUCCUCCGCUGCAUCCACUAAUCCUGAUUAUAGAGGGGAGGGAGGACAGGGUCUCCGCCUCUCACUUCCCACCCAGAGACGCCUGAACGCAUCACACACUGAAAGCUCAGACUGCCGGAGGACAACAGGGACAUCAGCUGCUCUGAGGACAGCAGGGACAUCAGCUGAUCUGAGGACAGCAGGGACAUCAGCUGAUCUGAGGACAGAAGAGACAUCAGCUGAUCUGAGGACAGUAGGGACAUCAGCUGAUCUGAGGACAGCUGAAGCGUCUCAGCAUGGACAGCAGAGGGAGGAGAGGGACUAACGGAUCGAUCAAACGUUCAUCCAUCAAACGCAGCACGUCGUCUGGAUCUCGGAAGGUUCAGAGAGCGUGGAUCGAGAGAACCUUCCAGAAGAGAGAAUGUAUCCAGAUUAUUCCCGGAAAAGAUGCCAGCAGGUGUAGUUGUGGUCAGCUGGUGACGCAGCACACCUCCGUCCCCUCGGGACCCAGAGAGGACGGAGCCCCGCUGGUUCAGUUGGAUGUCCAACCUGCAGAACGAUGGAACCCCCUCAAACACACUCAGACCAGGCCCACCGACGCCUACGGUAUCCUCGAGUUCCAGGAAGGAGGUCACGUCAACAAGGCCAUGUAUAUCCGGGUGUCCUAUGAUUCGAAGCCAGACAGUCUUCUCCACCUGAUGGUGAAGGACUGGCAGCUGGAGCUCCCCACGCUGCUCAUCUCCAUCCAUGGAGGCCUGCAGAACUUUGACCUUCCCCCCAAACUGAAGCAGGUCUUUGGGAAGGGACUGAUCAAAGCUGCCGUCACCACCGGAGCCUGGAUCUUCACCGGGGGAGUCAGCACCGGAGUGAUCCGUCAUGUUGGAGACGCUCUGAAGGAUCAUUCGUCGAAGUCCAGAGGGAAAGUCUGCGCCAUCGGCAUCGCGCCGUGGGGGAUCAUCGAGAACAAAGAUGACCUGAUCGGGAGAGACGUGACGCGGCCCUAUCAGACCAUGUCCAACCCGCUCAGCAAGCUGUCGGUCGUGAAUAGCAGCCACUCCCACUUCAUCCUGGCCGAUAACGGGACGAGCGGGAAGUACGGCGCCGAGGUCCGCCUCCGCCGGCAGCUGGAGAAGCACAUCGCUCUGCAGAAGAUCAACACACGUCUGGGUCAGGGGGUCCCGGUGGUCUGCCUGAUCCUGGAGGGGGGUCCCAACGUGAUCUCCAUCGUGUUGGAGAGUCUGAAGGAGGAGCCUCCGGUCCCCGUAGUGGUUUGUGACGGUAGCGGCCGAGCUUCUGACAUCAUUUCCUUCGCUCACAGAUACUGCGAGGACGACGGGGUGGUGAGCGACAGCGUCAAAGAUCAGCUGCUGGUCACCAUCCAGAAAACCUUCAACUACAGCCGCAGCCAGGCGCUGCAGAUCUUCCUCAUGGUGAUGGAGUGCAUGAAGAAGAGAGCUCUGAUCACAGUGUUCAGGAUGGGCUCUGAGGGGCAGCAGGACAUCGAGAUGUCCAUCCUGACAGCUCUGCUCAAAGGUACGAACGCGUCGGCGUCGGAUCAGCUGAGUUUGGCUCUGGCCUGGAACAGAGUGGACAUCGCUCGCAGUCAGAUCUUUGUGUACGGACUCCACUGGCCUCCUGUCAGCAGUUUAACCACCGACCGUCCCAGAAGCCCAGCGGCUGGCCAGCGAUCAGCAGCAGCAGGAGGAGGAGGAGGAGGAGGAGGAGGAGGAGGAGGAGGUAAAGGUAAAGCCAGGGGGAAGAAAGGAAAAGGAGGCAAAACCAAACCUGAACCUCCUGAAGAGACCGACCCGAGAAAACUGGAGCUGCUCAACUGGGUGAACUCUCUGGAACAGGCCAUGAUGGACGCUCUGGUGUUGGACAGGGUGGACUUCGUGAAGCUGCUGAUUGAGAACGGCGUCAACAUUCAUCACUUCCUGACCAUCCCUCGCCUGGAGGAGCUUUACAACACGAAGUUGGGACCAGCCAACACGCUGCACUUUGUGGUCCGAGACGUCAAAAAGGGGAAUCUUCCUCCGGAUUACCAGAUCACGCUGAUCGACAUCGGACUGGUGCUGGAGCUGCUGAUGGGAGGAGCUUACCGCUGCAAAUACACCAGGAAGAGCUUCAGGACGCUGUACAACAACCUGUACGGCCUGAAAAGACCUAAAGCUUUGAAACUUCUUGGGAUGGAGGAUGACGAGCCUCGUCCAAAGGGAAAAGGGAAGAAGAACAAGAAGAAAGAGGAGGAGGAGGACAUUGAUGUGGACGACCCCGAAGUCUGCCGGUUUCAGUACCCGUUCCACGAGCUGAUGGUGUGGGCCGUGCUGAUGAAACGCCAGAAGAUGGCGUUGUUCCUGUGGCAGCGGGGGGAGGAGGCCAUGGCCAAAGCUCUGGUGGCCUGUAAGCUCUACAAGGCCAUGGCCCAUGAGUCAUCCCAGAGCGAACUGGUGGACGACAUCUACCAGGACCUGGAGAACAACUCCAAGGAGUUCGGUCAGCUGGCCUACGAGCUGCUGGAUCAGUCAUACAAACACGACGAGCAGGUGGCCAUGAAGCUGCUGACAUAUGAACUGAAGAACUGGAGUAACUCCACCUGUCUGAAGCUGGCAGUGGCCGCUAAACACAGAGAUUUCAUCGCUCACACCUGCAGCCAGAUGCUGCUGACCGACAUGUGGAUGGGCUGUCUGAGGAUGGGAAAGAGCAACAGCCUGAAGGUGAUUUUAGGAAUCAUUUUCCCUCCCGCCAUCCUCCUGCUGGAGUUUCGUAUCGGAGACGAAUCUUCGUUUCAUUCUUCCAAACAAAACAACGACGGCAAAACUAAAGAUGAUGACAACAAAUCCAGCAAGGACGCCGUCUCUAACGUCGACACAACAUCCAAGAAAGGAGACGAAGAAGAGAACCAGAAGAAACACAGGAGGAGGGUUCCCAUCGGGAGGAAGAUCUAUGAGUUCUACAACGCUCCCUUCACCAAGUUCUGGUUCAACACGAUCUCCUACCUGGUCUACCUGAUGUUGUAUAAUUACAUCAUCCUGGUGAAGAUGGAGCGAUGGCCGUCUCUGCAGGAGUGGAUUGUCAUCUCUUACAUCAUCACUCUGGGACUGGAGAAAGCCCGACAGAUCUUGAUGUCGGAGCCGGGGAAGCUGAAGCAGAAGGUGAACGUGUGGUUGGAGGAUUACUGGAACAUCACGGACUUGGUGGCGAUCUGCGUGUUCCUGCUCGGGCUGCUGCUGCGGCUGCAGAGCGAGCCCUACAUGGGCUACGGACGCGUCAUCUACUGCGUCGACAUCAUCUUCUGGUACAUCCGAGUGCUCGACAUCUUCGGGGUCAACAAGUACCUGGGACCCUACGUCAUGAUGAUCGGCAAGAUGAUGAUCGACAUGCUGUACUUCGUGGUCAUCAUGCUGGUGGUGCUGAUGAGCUUUGGCGUGGCGCGGCAGGCCAUCCUCCACCCGGACGAGGAGCCGACGUGGCGUCUGGCCCGCAACAUCUUCUACAUGCCGUACUGGAUGAUCUACGGCGAGGUGUUUGCAGACUCCAUAGACCGUAAGACUAGAGUUCAUAUUUAUGCCAUGGAGAUCAAUCCUCCGUGUGGAGACAACAUGUAUGAUGAAGACGGUAAGAAGCUUCCUCCGUGUAUUCCCGGCGCCUGGCUGACUCCGGCCAUCAUGGCGUGUUACCUGCUGGUGGCGAACAUCCUGCUGGUCAACCUGCUGAUCGCCGUCUUCAACAACACCUUCUUCGAGGUGAAGUCCAUCUCCAACCAGGUGUGGAAGUUCCAGCGGUAUCAGCUGAUCAUGACCUUCCAUGACCGGCCCAUCCUGCCGCCGCCGCUCAUCGUCUUCCCCCACAUCUACAUCGUCCUCAAGAGGCUGUGCUGCCACUGCAGGCGGCGGCCGGAGGGCGAGCACGAUGACCGCGAGAGGCGACUGCAGUUGGUGCUGAGCUCAGACGAGCUGAAGAGUCUGCAUGAGUUCGAGGAGCAGUGUGUGGAGGAAUACUUCCGCGAGAAAGACGACGAGAAACAAUCGUCCAACAACGAGAGAAUCCGAGUCACAUCAGAGAGGGUGGAGAACAUGUCCAUGCGUCUGGAGGAGGUGAACGAGAGGGAGCACUCGAUGAAGGCGUCCCUGCAGACGGUGGACCUGCGUCUGGCUCAGCUGGAGGAGUUCUCCGGUCGGAUGAUGAACGCUCUGGAGAAGCUGGCGGGCAUCGACCGCUCCGAGCUCGUCCGCUCGCGCUCCAGAGGAUCGUCCGUCUGCGAGCCCGGCGCUCUGCUGCGACACUCCAGCAUCAACAGCGCCGACGGAUACAGUCUGUACCGCUACCAGCUGGAGCACGAGGACAGAGUCUCCGUGACCGGAGACGCCGAAGACAAAGACAAGAGAGUCCAGCUGAGUCCGGAGAGACGAGGAGGCAACGCCGAGGGAGCGGCAGGGGAUCAGGUGUUCGGUUCGACUCUGGAGGUGAGAGGCCUGAGGAACCGGACUCAGUCUCUGUCCAACGUGGACAUCCUGAUCUCACCCUGCGACCCGGCCAAGAAACCUGAGUCUGUCGCCACGGAGACCGGCGAGGAGAAACCAGGAGCCGCUGCAGAGAAGACCCGGCUGGAGGCUGCCGUGUCCUUCCCUCUGGAGAGGUCAAAGGUCACGCAGUAUCUAUCCUCUCCAUCCAGUCCCGCCCGUCGGGAGGCGUCUCCCAGCACGGCGGGCGGUAACCAUGGUAACGGAGGGGAGGAAGAGGAGCAGCUACUGGUGGAGGACAGGAUGUACCCGACACUGCGCUCCAAGAGCCUCAACGCCAACCCGAGGAAGACCAGGACGCCCCGACCCACCGGCAGCGUCUCAGACCUGGUCUCAGCCUUCAGCAGGGGGGCGGACCAGGACCAGGACCAGGACCAGGACCAGGACCAGGACCAGGACCAGGACCAGGACCAGGAGCGGGUUCAGAAACUCUGACUGUUGAUCCUGCAGGACUAGAUCACAUCAGCAGUCUGGUUUCUAUCCUCCUGUCAGUGGAUUCAGACCAGUAGACCAGAUCCUGAUGCUUCAUGCCAAACAUCCCACAAGACACCAGAAACAUGCAUCUUCCAGUAACACCAGUAUGUACAGAAACACGUAUCUUCCAGUAACACCAGUAUGUACAGAAACACAUAUCUUCCAGUAACACCAGUAUGUACAGAAACACAUAUCUUCCAGUAACACCAGUAUGUACAGAGACACGUAUCUUCCAGUAACACCAGUAUGUACAGAAACACGUAUCUUCCAGUAACACCAGUAUGUACAGAUGAUCUCCAUUAAGGGCUUCGCUCUCUUCUCCCAGUACUUUAACUGGUUUAUUUGUAUGUUUCAUAUGUGAACUCCGUUUUUGUGCAUCAUCCAUAUUUACAUAAUCAAUAUGUGUGUUUAUCUGAAUAAACAAAGUGUUGAUCAGUUAAAUAAAAAGGACAAUAAAAAACUA